CAUCCUGCUGCUCAUUUCCACUGAAACACUGUUUCACAGCACAGACUCAGCAUUCUACCUCUGUGUUCAGUGAAUUAGCUGCUAAUACCUCAAGAGGUUAUGUUGCACUUCUAAUUGUCCAAAGUUCAGAAAAGCUGUUGGAAUUCAAGAGCCGAUUAUUCACUUCAACACACUGCUUGGCAAGACUACUUUAACUUAAUUUUCAAUUUUUGGAUUUUUUAAGGAUCCUCUCUGAAUUAAUUUUCUUGGAUUUCAUUUAAAUGUAUUAUAUUAUGCGUUAUUUUUUUCUACAAGUUGUGAUCCAACAUUCUCAAUGUUGUUUUUAGAUCUGUAUGUGUAAUUAGAGAAGACAAUUUCAUCAGGUACUUUUGAAAUGUUUAUUUACUAGAGCUACAUACCUUUUGCACAUUCAAGAGCCUACAGACAUCAGGAUUUAUUUACAUUGAGUCACCUUCAGUUGUGGUUGGAUAAAAGUGAUGGCUUUUGGUGACCUCCUGGAGCAGGUCGGUAGCACAGGACGCUUUCAGAUCCUGCAUGUCACCCUCCUUUGCAUACCUGUCCUCAUGAUGGCCAGCCACAACCUGCUGCAGAACUUUGUGGCUGCAGUGCCUCCUCACUACUGCAGCGCACACACAAACCUAUCUCAAACUCAGCUGAGCCCCGAGGAAAAGCUGCUGAUCACAGUGCCACUAGACGAGAGAGGAAAGCCGCAGAGAUGUCAACGUUAUGCUGUUCCACAGUGGCACCUUCUGGCUAAAAAUGGCAUCUCGGAUGUGGGAGAACAUGGAGAUACUGAGGACAUUGACGUAGAUCUGCAGGGAUGCGUAGAUGGAUGGUCCUAUAAUAUGACUGAGAGGACCUCCACAAUCUUAUCAGAUUGGAAUUUGGUGUGUGAUCAGCGCUCUUUGAAGCAAAUGGGGCAAACUGUGUAUAUGGGAGGUGUACUUGUGGGAGCUCUUCUCUUCGGAUGUCUCUCAGACAAGUAUGGCCGCCGCUGCCUCCUGCUCAUUUCACACCUGCUGAUGGCAGUUUCAGGAACAUGUGCUGCUUUUGCAUCCUCCUUCUCGGUUUUCUGCCUGUUUCGGUUCGGUUGUGGAAUGGCUUUGUCUGGCAUUGGACUCAACACCUUCUCCCUCAUUGUGGAGUGGAUCCCCACUCGUGUCCGGACUGUGGUCGGCACAAUCACAGGUUACUGCUACACAGUGGGACAGCUGAACCUGGCAGUCAUAGCCUACUUCAUAAGGGACUGGAGGUGGUUAACUCUGGCUGUUUCUUUGCCAUUCUAUGUCUUCUUCCUCUAUGCCUGGUGGUUUCAUGAAUCAUCAAGAUGGUUAGUCCUGAGUAAUAACUCUGAGCAAGCCAUCAAGAAUCUUAAAAGUGUUGCUAAAUUUAAUGGACGCCAUGAAGAGGGAGAUAAAAUCGACAUCAAAAUGCUGCAGGAAUCUAUGAAGAAGGAGAUGUCUUGUUCAGAGGGAAGUUACUCUGCCCUGGAUCUUUUCCGAACACGCAUAAUGAGAAAUAUGACAAUCUGCCUCAGCGCUGUCUGGUUAUCUACCAGUUUUGCCUACUAUGGUCUCGCUAUGGAUUCAAAAUUCGGAGUGGACAUCUACCUGAUUCAAGUGAUCUUUGGUGCUGUCGAUAUUCCUGCAAAAAUUGUGAUAACUGUGACAAUGAGCUUUUGUGGACGGAGGGUAUCACAAUGUGGAGCUCUUAUUAUAGCUGGAGUCACCAUUCUGAUGAACCUGCUUGUGCCAUAUGAUAAACAGACAUUACGCACCUGUCUCGCUGUGAUCGGUAAAGGCUGCCUUGCUGCCUCCUUCAACUGUUGCUACCUGUACAGUGGAGAACUGUUUCCAACCAUUAUUCGUCAGAAUGGCAUGGGUUGGGUGUCUAUGAUGGCUCGUGUCGGCGCCAUGGUGGCUCCCAUGGUGCUCCUCUCCGGGGAUUAUUUACCUUGGCUGCCAGGUUUAAUCUAUGGAGGAGCUCCAAUCCUCAGUGGAGUAGCUGCCAUAUUUCUUCCAGAAACACUUGGCUCACCUCUUCCUGACACUAUAGAAGAUGUUGAUAACAGGGGAUCUGGGAGGAAGUCCAAAAAGUCACAAAAGGAAGCAGUGAUCUUGCAAGACGUUCAGCCGAAUCUCCUAAAGCAGACGGCCUGAGGGAAAUGUAUUGUAGUGACAUGUUAAUGAAAAUUGAGUGGGUACUGCUUUUUCUCCGACCUGUGUAUUUAUCUGAUUUGCAUGAAGCGUGUAUUGUGUCUUUUGAAUACUGGAUAAAUGGAGAUGUAAUGUUAUUUUUGGACAGGUCAAUACAGUGAAAUGAAUAGCUGCAGACAAUCAGACCUAUUGUUAUGUAGUAUAGCUUUGAGGAUGUCUAUAUGAACAGCUGUGUUUUGUAUUAUAAAUAAAGAAUCAUUUGUAUCUAUAAACCCUCUGCAGUUAAAAUGCUCUCACUGAUGUUUUUGUAAGUUCUUUUAACGUUGUACACAACCUUGCAUUUGAAACACAAAUGCUUUGUUUUAUUCAUUAAAAUCAACACCCAUUCCUU